UUAUGGUAAAAUAAAAUUACCUAAAACGAAAGCCAUUGUAUAAAAACGACUCUGUUUCUUAUUUAGAAGCUAGCUAUUUUUACACGGUGCCUAUUAUCAUAUCAGAACACUCUUUCCGCUUGAGACGCUUCUAUUUCGCCAUAACCCCUCUGCGUUUUUGUGUGUUGUGUUUUCUGUUUCCUUCACAUUUUGAUCAUCCCAAUAGCUUAAAAUUUUUUUAUUGUUUUUUUUCAUUCUCUGAAACUCGCUGGAAACGGUACGAAAAUGGGGAUGCAACAGCAGGUGGAGAAAAUGCAGCUCCGGCAGGGGUUUCAAAAUCUGUGGCAUACCGAUUUGAUGGGCACUGUGACCGCCGAUACUCCAUGUAAGUGGUCAUAUUUAAUUAUAGGCAGGUGGUUGGUGUUUUUCUGUUUGGUUUCCGAGAAUAUGAGGGAAAAUAAAAAGAUGAAGGGAAAGCAGAGAUCAUUAUUCAGAGAGAAUGUAAUGUAAAUUCUUGUUUUUAAGGGCUACCCAAAUGGAUGUUGUUGGUAAUUAGUUGUUUGGUUUCUAGGAAAGUGGCAUGGGAAAUGGAAUGGAAGGGUUGAAUUUUUCUUUGGGUUUUGGUUUUUUUUUCCUUUUUUUAAUUUUCUUCAAUGUUCUGUUUUCUCUGCAGAUUGUUGCUUUGCGUGUUUCUGGUAAGCAAAUGUUAUCUAAGAUGCAUUGUUGUAUUUAUUUAUUUUUUUAUUUUUUUCUUUCAUGGAAAUUCUAAUUUUUUAUUUCCCCUGUAGAUUUAUUAGGCUAACCCAGAAGCAAAUUCUAAUCAGUUUUUUCUUUGUUACCUGAUCGUAGUGGUCCGUGUGUUUCUUACCUGCUACGCAAGCAAGCUCUUUAUAAUGACAUGUCAAGGUACAAAUGCUGUGCCGGAUUUAUGCCGUGCAGUGGAAGAUUCGGAGAAAGUCACUGCCCUGAAUUGUGUCUAGGCACUGAGGUUUGCUUCUGCUUUGGAACUUCGGUUUCCUCAACACGCUUUCUUAUACAAGAUGAACUCAACAUAAAAACAACACCCUGCGAUAACUGCAUGAUUGGAUUUAUGCUCGUCCUCAGCCAAAUUGCAUGCAUAUUCUCCUUGAUUGCUUGCAUAACUGGAAAUGAAGAGCUGGGUGAGCUUUCGAAUGCCUUGAGCUGCAUUGCCGACACGGUCUUUUGCUCGGUCUGUGCUUGCAUCCAGACACAGCACCAUUUUGAACUGAACAAAAGAGAUGGAAAGCUUCCGCCGGCGGUUUUGGGAGUGCCUCAGGUGCAGCAGAUGUCGCGUACUGAUGAGAAAAAUCCACCACAAACCGGAUAUUAUUAAAUGUGAUACAUGUAGUAUUACUCUUUAAUUUUUCAUAUAAAUUAAUCAAUAGAGGUCAUUUACUUACAAACUACAAUUAAAUAGCA